AUGUCGUCAUCUUCAGGACUCUACAUCCCUGUACACCGACGGGCACCUUCACCGAGUUCACAGAGCUCAUCAAGCGUCUCUUCUUCACCAGCGCACUCAUUGUCACCUUUGCCUCAUGAUAGUCUGCUUAUCUACACGCCUUCAGACUUGCUGCUAUUAGCAUCAUCACCUCUAUCAAAGUUGUCGAAUGAAGAAUUGAGUGCCUUGCGAGCUGCAGCACCAGAGAUCGUGCAGAGCCGCAGGCAGCGCAGAUCACGCGAAUGGCACAUGAACCAUAGCCCGUCCUGGCCCGGGAAGCCCCACAGACGCUCUCAAUUCCCCUCGCACUCAUAUCCAAACACUUCUGAAUCAGAGGGGGAGGGACAGGGAUACAGGAAGUAG